AGCCUCCUUGGGAAGGGAAGAAAGUCCAAGGGUUAGAAGUGGGGAGGGGAAAGCAGGAAGGAAUCUCAGAGAAGGGAGGCAGCGUUUAGUUUGCUGAGCGAGGACAGAGCAAAUGGGGAGACAAGAGAUGAGCAAGUGAGAGUGAACUGGAGGGGAAGCCAGGAACUGAGGGUCUGCUUUCUCUGAGUGCAUCAGGCAGAAUGUGUGAGACUGACAGACAGACAGCAGUAAAAGCUAGCUACAGCGAUCAGAUCUACAAAAAUAAAAAUCCCCUCCCCCUCUGCUCCCUGACUCCUGGGUGUUGGUCAGAGGAAACCACUUGCCAUUUUCACCGAAUGCUGCAGAACUGCUUUAUUAAUGUAACCGGGGGAAUGGUCCCGCUAUUGUGGGGAACUUUCCUGGCUUCUGCACUACCCCGGUGAAGUGGGCUAGCGAAAGGAUCUGAGUCCUCGCUCCCACUUCCUUUACCCAGAGGCCUCCCUGCCCUUGAGGACUCCCCUUCCACUCUCCUGUCUGGCAGAGUCCUCGUAAACCCCGACAAGGCUGGGCCCAGGAUUCCUGGGGGUCUCGACCCCCAACCCUGCUGUGGUCACCCAGGACAGGGGCUAGGGUGUCCCCACUCCAGGGUACUCUCUUUGCACUGGGCACCUCCCUGACCCACUGAUCAUUUCAUACAAUUUAAAGCAAAUACAAGUUGUUUAAUUAACAAUUAAUUUAAAAAAAGAAUAAGGAAAAAUGGGAAAAGUUAAAGAAAAACACGUCACCCCGCUCUGUGGCAGGGAACAUCACAAACAGUGUCUCUGGAAUGUCAGGGCACUUCACAGUCUGUUCCUUGUAGGUCCCAGAUUUCCGUCUCAGGCCCUGGCUGUGCUGCAGAGACGCUGCGGGUUGGACACUUGCUCUGGCGGUGGCCACACGCUCUCAGGCUCUAGGUGGCAGGACCCUUCUUCCCAGCGUUGCCCCCGCCCUGUCAGGGUUACGAUCCCCCCAAGUCUGGCCUGCAGAGCCUCUUGGCUGAGGCGUCUCCCUGUGCUGGGCCCGCUGCCCAGGGUCCCCCUCCUCUCCCCAGCUGCUCACCGCACCCAGCUCCGGACUGCUCCAGCCCCAGCUCCAGCUCCAGCUCCACUCUGCCUCAGCACGGCAGCUGCUGCUGCUCUGCCUUCAGCUCCCUGGGCUGCUUCUCUGGCCUCUCUGGCUCUGGUUGCUGCAGCUCUGCUCCCAGGACAGGAAAUCCAAAUCAUGGCUACAAAACCCAAGCUUUACUACUUUAAUGGAAGAGGCCGAAUGGAAACGAUAAGAUGGCUGUUGGCAACAGCUGGGGUUGAGUUUGAAGAAGCUGAAUAUUUGGAAACAAGAAAACAAUAUGAAAAGUUACUUCAGGAUGGAUCCCUGCUGUUUCAACAAGUGCCCAUGGUAGAAAUUGACGGAAUGAAGAUGGUGCAGACCAGAGCCAUUCUCAACUACAUAGCAGGGAAACACAACCUCUAUGGGAAAGACCUGAAGGAGAGAGCACUGAUUGAUAUGUAUGUUGAAGGAACAAUGGACCUGAAUGAAAUGAUCAUGCUUUACCCUUUCUCAUCUCCUGAGGAAAAGGAGAAGAAUUUUGCCUUAAUGAUUCAGAGGGCAACCAACAGAUACUUCCCAGUGUAUGAGAAGGUUUUAAAAGAUCAUGGACAAGAUUUUCUUGUUGGCAACCAGCUCAGCAGGGCAGACGUACAAGUACUUGAAUCCAUUUUAAUGAUUGAAGAGUAUGAGCCCACUGCUCUCUCAGAAUUUCCUCUAUUACAGGCUUUUAAAGCAAGAAUAAGUAACCUCCCUACAAUUAAGAAAUUUCUGCAGCCUGGAAGCCAAAGGAGGACCGAACCCGAUGACAGAAUUGUAGAGACUGUGAAUAAAGUUCUGCAAUUAUAAAAAGAGUUAAAACAACAGCAAUAAAGAUUUUCACUCAGCAUUAGCAGACACAGAUGUAAUGCUCAGAGAAAUCAAGUGUUUUGGUUAUGAUAUGAGUACCAAAAAAUAGGAAUUAGGAAGCAGUUCAGGAAAUAAGUGCAUGUGCACUGAAGUAUGGCAUUCAAUCAAAAGGUAGUAAUCUGUGAAGAGAAUGUAUUCAGGUGCAAUAAAUGUCUCCCUG